GAAAAUCUCAAAUCAAACAGCAAUGACGAAUGAGGCAACAAUCUUCGUAGUAACCAGGCACAACACUAUCAAAACAGCAUUGUUUGUUUUGCUUUGUAGUUACUUGUUGUCGUCCGUCUGCCAGUCUUCUAACCCUGAGACAGCGAGUCGAUUCAUAAGUCACUUCAAAGUCGACAGUACUGCUGAUAACAUGUCGUUGGACGAUUUCGAUCAAUAUCUGGGAAGUUAUCUGACCGAUAAUCAACGGAUAGCACUGAUCCUGGACUACGAUGGAACGCUGGCGGAGCUUACAUCUCAUCCCAAUCUUACCGCUAUGACUCCGGAAAUGAAGCAAACAUUAUCGAAUAUCGUGAACAGUGGAAAAGUGUUCGUGGCAGUUAUUUCCGGACGGGACGUAGAUGGUGUUAAGCAAAAAAUAGGAAUAGAGAACAUGAUCUAUUCUGGAAAUCACGGUCUGGAAGUCCUAUAUCCGAAUGGGACUCGUCACAACCAAGGAAUCUCGAAGGAAUUGGCUGAUAAUUUCACCAAAAUGGUUGAUCAGCUGACAACAGAACUGGCUCACGAUGGAGCUUGGGUGGAGAAUAAAAAAGUGACGAUCACCUUCCACUACCGGCAGGUUGAUCCUGCGCUGGUACCCGACAUGCAAGCGAAGGCAAAGCGCAUUAUCGAAUCGUACGGUUACAAAGCAAACAUCGCACACGCGUGUAUAGAAGGUAAGCCUCCGAUUAUGUGGAACAAAGGAUUCGCUGCCGAGUACAUCCUGAAGGCGAACUUCGACGAGAAUUGGAGAAACCGAAAAGUGAUCUUCGCCGGUGAUGACACCACCGAUGAGGAUGUGAUGAAAACAAUCAAGGGCACUGGUAGAUCGUUUCGAGUGUCAAAAAAUCCGAAUAUAGAGACGCAUGCGGAUUUCGUAAUUCCCUCCGUUCAAUCGGUGUACCAUUUGCUCAAGUGGUUAGAGAAGAAGGUCACUGUGUGAGGGAUUGCAAGGCUGCUUCUCUUUAAUUAGUGUGAUAAGAAUGUUUGAAAACAAGAACAGAAAACCAAAGCUAGAUCUAGAACUGGAAGUGCUGUAGUUGAAUCAUUGUCUCAAUUGAUUUACAAAGGAAACGUGAUUAUUCGUCAACUAAUGUUGAGUUGAAUAAAAUGAAAAGCGCAUCUAA